UCUGCGUGCAGCGCUCAUGCCUGCUGUGCUCUCUGGCUCCGGGAGGAUGGACGGUGUGUCUUUAGGACACUGCCUCUCAUGUCUUACCAGUCUGGUGGCCACACCGGCCUUACCGCGUCCGAACUGCACCACGGACUCGGAGGAGGACACGGUGAAUGGAGGGAUGCACACCUUCAACCAAACGCAUAUGAGGAAAGCUUUCCAGUUGAUGAACGACCUGAGGAGCAAAAAGUUGCUGUGUGAUGUCCAGCUGAUCGCAGGGAGCGUUGAAGUGCCAGCUCACAGGGUGGUCCUGGCGUCCUGUAGCCCCUACUUCUGUGCCAUGUUCACAGGUGAUAUGAGUGAGAGCAAGGCCCAUCAGGUGGAGAUCAGAGAGGUGGACGGGCAAACCCUGAGAAAAUUGGUCGAUUACAUUUACACUGCUGAGAUUGAGGUCACAGAGGACAAUGUACAGGUUCUGCUGCCAGCAGCGAGUCUCCUGCAGCUGAUGGAUGUCCGUCAGGUUUGUUGCGAGUUCCUGCAGUCUCAGCUUCACCCCACCAACUGUCUGGGCAUCAGAGCCUUUGCUGACCUGCACACAUGCACACAGCUUCUCAACCAGGCCCACGCAUACGCUGAGCAGCAUUUCACAGAGGUGGUGCAGGGUGAGGAAUUUCUAGGCCUUACUCUGCAGCAAGUGUGCGGCCUCAUCUCCAGCGACAAACUCACAGUCUCCACGGAGGAGAAGGUGUUUGAGGCUAUGAUAGCUUGGAUCAAGCAUGAUAAGCCGGCUCGUUUGGAGCACAUGCCCAAACUGAUGGAGCAUGUCAGACUUCCACUACUCUCCAGGGAUUACCUGGUACAGAUUGUGGAGGAAGAGGCUUUGAUAAAGAACAACAACACCUGUAAAGAUUUUCUUAUAGAAGCAAUGAAGUAUCACCUGUUGCCUGCCGACCAGCGGCACCUCAUCAAGACAGACAGAACCCGACCAAGGACACCUAUCAGCAUCCCUAAGGUGAUGAUUGUAGUUGGCGGUCAGGCUCCUAAGGCAAUCCGCAGUGUGGAGUGUUACGACUUCCAGGAAGACCGCUGGUACCAAGUAGCUGACCUUCCUUCAAGACGCUGCCGGGCAGGUGUUGUUUCCAUGGCAGGCCGUGUGUUUGCAGUCGGGGGUUUCAACAGUUCACUGCGGGAACGGACGGUGGACGUGUAUGACGGAGUGAGAGACCAGUGGAGUGCAGUGGCGAGUAUGCAGGAGAGACGCAGUACACUGGGAGCUGCUGUGUUGGGGGAUUUACUGUAUGCUGUGGGUGGCUUCAAUGGAAGUAUAGGUCUGUCGACAGUAGAAGCCUACAAUUAUAAAACAAAUGAGUGGCUGUAUGUGGCCUCCAUGAACACCCGACGUAGCAGUGUGGGUGUAGGGGUGGUCGAUGGUAAGUUGUAUGCAGUAGGAGGCUACGAUGGAGCAUCCCGUCAGUGUCUUAGUACAGUGGAAGAGUAUGACCCUGUCACUGAUCAGUGGUGCUAUGUGGCUGACAUGAGCACACGGCGCAGUGGAGCAGGUGUGGGAGUGUUGUGUGGUCAGCUGUAUGCAGCCGGAGGACAUGACGGACCUCUAGUGAGGAAGAGUGUUGAAGUUUACGACCCACACACCAACAGCUGGAGACUGGUCUGUGACAUGAACAUGUGCAGACGAAAUGCAGGUGUCUGUGCCAUUAAUGGACUGCUGUAUGUGAUUGGAGGAGACGACGGGUCCUGUAACCUCUCCUCUGUAGAGUUUUACAACCCAGCCACAGACAAAUGGAGCCUCAUUCCCACCAACAUGAGCAACGGACGCAGCUACGCCGGAGUUGCAGUGAUUGACAAGCCAUUAUGACCACAGUCAUCCUACAGCAUCAGCUCUGCAUCGACAGCCAGUUUCACAGAGACUCACAAUGACGCCUGAAGCUCAACAGGCAAGCAGAGAAGUAACGCCUGUGAUAAAGCUGUCCAAAUGGACGGGAGGCUCUCAAUCUCAGCUGACACAAUCACGGAUGGAUGUUGACGGUUUGGCGCCAACGCACAUCCUGAUUUUGUUGCUGUCUCCAAGCUAUUUCCAUUUAAGCCCUGUGAGAUCCUGACUCUUAAGGACAUUGUUGCACUGGAUAAAAAGCAAUAGCCACAGGAGCGCAGGCUUAAAAUAACUCUUAGUCUGUCUUAGUGAGAGGUUUUCCAAAUCCCAAGCACAUAACACGCAGCUGUAUCAGCUGACGUAAGACUCACUCAGACGCUGAUGUUGGGAAGACUUUUUGUCAGGAAGCAGCUGACAUCGAUAGGCCAAACCGAGUGAAGUGCUUUAGAUGCUCAGUGGUGUAAAGGUGGCGUUCAUGUGAUGGACUUUAUCAAACCCAGGGAACUGAAUACUUCAAUGCACCAGCUGACGGAAACAUCAACUCAAUCGAUCGACUGCACAAAUCUCGUUCACUAAAUUUCAGACAGACUCUGCUUACAGUGUUACCAGUGUUGCUGCAAUAAUCCUGGAAACCCAGGCACGCCAUGGGAGCCAUUUCUUAAAAUUGAGACUUGCCACAAUUCCUAUAAUAUUAAUCAUCUUAUGGCAACAAUUUGCUCAGCUUGAUCCUGUGAAAUGAACCAAGUUGAUUGAUUCCUGUGCCGAUCGUCAGCAGCUCCGGCUUUUCAACUAAAAGAAAACCAGCUUUGCAGAGAGCUGCUGUGCUUGUUAGCAAAGCCUACAGUUUCCAGUAUUUGUCCUCAACCUAAAGACCUAGAGAGCUGCAAGAUAAUUUAAAGAAUGCUGAAAACAUCUUAUAUGCAAAUUAAGUAUCAUAUUUAAUAUUUUUGAGAUUGUUUUCAAAGAGGUUGAGAACCACUUCUGUGGCUUCAGACCCAAACCAGUUGAUCUGAUUUGAUGCAGUGGGACUUGAUUGUUUGUUCGACACACUACUGAUGCACUGAACACUUGCACUGACUGCUACAAACCGGCUGGCUGACUGGCUGGAUGGCUGACUCACCGAUUGGCCUGGUCGGAUGUCUGCCUUGUCUUUCUGACCGACCAACUGGAUCACUGACCUGCUGUCAGAUGUCUUCAUGGGAGCAUUUAAACUCAACACUUAAAGGCCAAUAAUUUCAUCAGAAAUUAUAAGAAAAUGUGCCAGUUCUAAUGAUCAGAAUCAGAAUAAUGCUGGAGAUGUUUUUAUCGCUUAGUAACAAACUGAAAUGAUUAAUUAUUUCUGUUCAUUGUCUAAGGGAGUGUGUCAAAAUGCACUGUAGAAAUUCAGCUGUAAAACUAUAAUGCAAAAGAUGCAGGUUUAAGAUUUUCUAUUUAUUGUUUUGGUUCAAUUGAUUACACUGCAUUUAUUCAUAUCAAAGUUCUCUCAUCCUAAUAAUGUUACACUGCUCUACUGACAUUCAUUCAGAUAAUGGUGGCUAUAUUUUAGGUGUAGUUAUUUAGCUGACUGACUGGUGCCAUAGCUUUGAUUCUAUUAAGAAAAGAGAUUUAUAGAAGCUGUUUGAUGAAAGGUUUUCUCAGCCAACCUUUCACCUCUGUCCACAAUCUUCCAAAAAAUCACAGAGAAACUGGACACAACCUGCUGUCAUUUCUAAGCCCUUUGACCAAGAAGUAUAUAAAAUACUUAAAAGACUGUACUGUUGUUUUUUUUUUUAUAUUUAAUCAAUUCACAGGUCAUGUGUGCUAUGUUACUUCCACCCAUGUUACAAAUCAUACAUUUAAGAUUGAAUGUGUUUUUUCGUGUCUUCCAGAAAGUUGUUACUGUUGGUUUUUGACUUCAUAUGAUUUCAUCAUAAAACUUGGAGUAACUUGAAACUUGCUGGAGACACUGUCAGUGAUCCAUCACUGAAUAUUCCUGUUGUCUGCAGAAAUCUCCAGACAUGGAUUUGGAGCUCAUAUUGUUGCCUCAACAGACAGAACAACUGGGACAGGAUCUGGAGUGCUGAGGUCUGGAGCACACAGUUAUAUUUAGAGCUUUUUGAUAAGGUAACAUUUGGACAUGCCUCAUAAUGCAGACACUCUUUAUGUGGAAACAUCAGCUGCUGCACCUUCCUAAAAAGUUUAAUGUGUGCUCCAUGUUCCCAGAGCUCCACUCCACAUCCUACUUUUAUUUUUUGUUGGGUAUCAUCAAGUAGGAAUGCUGGUAAAUAGCAUAGAGCGUGCGUGCGUGUUCAUGUGUGUGCAGGUGGGAUGUGCACUUCAGUGUUGCAGCAUGCACAUCACUAAAGGGUUAAUGUGAAAACAAAAAGGACCUGGUUGAAAGCUCCAAAACAGCUACUAAAUGGACCUUGAGGUGAGGCUGCUCCUUGAAGUUUUCAGAUGAAUGAUGUUCUUACUCAGUGCAGAUAUUAUAUUUUUAAUAUCAUAAUUAGUGGAUGUUGUGAACUAAACGGUUGAUAUUGUGAGGUUGUGGUUUGUGAAGGUUGGACUUGUGUAUGUUCAUAGUUUUAAGCUUGUGAGCUGUUUCCACAAAUGAUUGGAAACCUUCAGACUUGAAACAAGUUGAAUUAACAACACAAAUACUAAGCAGGCUUACUUUGCAAAAAUGCUCUAAACUGACUUGUGCUCCUUUGUCUGAAAUUGUAACAUUAUGCAUUUAGCACUUUAGGAUGUUUUGUAUAAAAUGAGAAUCCUGUUCCUGUCACAUUUUUUUUUUAUUUUCGGUUGAACAGAUAAGAAUAUACAUGAACACAGGGAUAUUCCUUCAACAAGACAAUAGGGACUGAUGUUUAUUUUGACUCAGCUGAACAGAACUUCCUCUGUCAAGUUUAAUUUAUCCUCUGUUCAUUGUGAACAGAUACACAGCAAGGUUUUUUGUACAAAUGGAAGCAGAAGGAUGGGCAGACAGGUACAUGGAUUAUGUUCAUUUUCCAUCAAGUCUGAAGUCAGCAUACAGUGAGCAGCUUUUCAGUGAUGGUUUGUAUCUGCCUGUAUUGUCACCUUUUGGGGUCUCUGACACACUAAAGAUGUUGGUUUGAUGGAAAAUGUCAUUGAACAAUAGAGGAAUUUCAUUAUACAAAAUAAUAUCUGCCAUUAACUAAAAAGACGCCUGAUUUGUCAAGUAAAUGUAAGCACAAAAUAAAAAAUAAA